GUACCUUCCCAGUUAUCUUAUCAAUUCUUCAAUUUGUGAAGCCUCAUUCCUUCUCGUUCUAUUCAUGAAUGCCACUAGUCUAAUAGAAGCCGAUUCCCGCGAAGGCUGGUAUUUCGUACUGGUAUCGUCUUUAGCAUGCAUUACCGGAGCGUCCAUUGUGUUUGUCGAUAAAUUGUGGAAAAGCUCUCAAGGAUCGAUACUGGAGAAUCCAAAGUUUUUGGCAGCUUCGCUUUCCCUCGCUUCGGGCGUUCUUUUAUUCUCCUCCCUGUAUACCCUUCUUCCCGCGGCCCAGAAACGAUUGCACAGUGACUUUUUAACUUAUACCUGCUUCUUUGCUGGAGCCGCUGUCACGUUGCUCAUCACUUACAUUGUCCGGUGGUUUACUCCUGAUGCCAUUGACGCCUGCGGUGCGCAUGGAGCUGAUUUCAACCACGACAAUGCUCACGGAAAAUGGGUGCACAAUCAUACCGGUGAUGAAGAACAGCAUCCUUUAUACCACGAUCAACAUAUACCUGGUCAUCACUCCGAAUAUGGCUCAGUCAAUGACCGUGCAUGUCGCGAACCGGCUUCCGACGAGCAUCAGCAUGGUCAUGUCAACCUAACCCAACAUGAUCACGACAGCUAUUUGAGUAUUGGCAUUCAGACGGCGAUUGCUAUUUGCAUCCACAAAUUUCCAGAGGGCUUGGUGAUGUUUAUUUCCAGUCGUGCUUCGCGACAAUUAGGUUUAAGCGUAACUGUGGCGAUGUCCAUCCACAAUCUGAUUGAAGGCGCCAUGAUUGCGUUGCCGCUGUAUUACGCCACCAAGUCUCGAGUCAUUGCGUUUGGCUAUUCUUCGUUUCUAGGAGGUCUGUCGCAACCAUUGGGCGCUAUUUUGGGGUUACUAGCGUUACAUAAUGUCAGUGAGAGAGACGAGAAUCGUUUGUUUGGGUUUAUUUUCGGAUUAACCAGCGGUAUGAUGACAUUAAUAGCGGUUCAGAGUAUGCUCCCACAAGCUGUCCGAGCUCAUAGUAGUCUGCACCUGGUACCCUUAUUCUUCUUUAUCGGUAUUUUUACCAUUGGAUUCGCCACCUUGGUCAAAUCUUGAGCAGGCGAUGUAUAUCAUCCUUGUUGAUACUCAUUAUCGUACAUAUCCAACCAACAUAUUUUCCGUUCUGGAUUUUUAUGUGGUCUUUUUUUUUUCCCGUUUCAUCCGUGUCUUUUUAUUCUAUCUCAUUCUGUAUAUAUAUAUGUUAUGUGUAGUUUUUUUUCUCCUCUUAGUAGUGUCAUCUUAUUCACAAAGGAAAAUAAAAGAGAAAAAAGAAAAAAAAAAUUGAUAAAGUAUGAUCACAGC